UCCUAGAGCGGGGGUCGACUGAUCACCCGCUCAAGAUCUUGAAGAUUUUGCGAUACCGAUUACCGCGGGAUGGGUGACUCCUUGGACGGCUCCGGGGAACCGUCCCCGGAGUCUCAAAUUGUUAUAGUGGUAGGAUAUUGGGAGUUCGCCAAUUAUUUAAAGAAAGUUGUAAUGGUUCUUCUACCUGACGAAGAACUGGUACCACCCGCGUUUAAUUCUGCCCUCGAAGACAAGAGCAAUCAAGAGUCUAUUAAAAAAUUCUUAAGUGAUUCUCAGGUGUGGGCGCUCUACAUACAAAGAAAUUCCACUAAAGAGGAAGACAGCAAUGAAGGGGAAGAAGAUAGAGAAAAUUCUGUUUUCUAUAUAUCAAAUGAAAUACAUUUUACUAGUCCUAAAAUGGCCUCCUUAGUUUUAACAAAACGGGGAACAAUAGUUGAAGCUGAUAAGUCCAUUCAUUCUCAACUGCGAUUAGUUACCUUUUCGGAUGGGCCACCUUAUGAAACAUUGCAUGCUAUAAGCAAAACUAUGGCUCCAUAUUUUAAGAGUUAUGUGAAAGAGACUGGCCGUGCAGACAGAGAUGGAGAUAAAAUGGCCCCAACAGUUGAAAAGAAAAUAGCAGAAUUAGAAAUGGGUUUACUGCAUUUACAGCAAAAUAUAGAUAUCCCUGAAAUUUCAUUACAAAUUCAUGCAGUUGUUGCACAAGUAAUUAAACAGUGCAUAGAAGAAAAUCGUAAGCCAAAAGUUGCAGAUUUUGGUGAUAAAGUUGAAGAUUCAACAUUUUUGAACCAAUUACAAAAUGGUGUCAAUAGAUGGAUAAAGGAGAUUCAAAAGGUUACUAAACUGAAUCGUGACCCAGAAUCAGGUACAGCUCUUCAAGAGAUUUCUUUCUGGUUAAAUUUGGAAAGGGCAUUACAUCGUAUACAAGAGAAACGAGAAAGCAUAGAAAUUUCAUUAACAUUAGACAUACUCAAGUAUGGAAAAAGAUUUCAUGCAACAGUUAGUUUCGAUACAGAUACUGGCCUACAACAAGCUUUGGCUACUGUCAACGAUUAUAAUCCGUUAAUGAAAGACUUUCCAAUCAAUGAUUUACUAUCAGCUACAGAACUUGAAAGAAUACGAACCAGUGUUCAGCAAAUUUUCAUUCAUUUACGAAAGAUAAGAAGUACAAAAUAUCCUAUGCAGAGAGCACUAAGGUUGGUGGAGGCCAUCUCCAGGGAUCUGGGACAACAACUUCUAAAAGUGUUAGGAACAAGAAGAUUAAUGCACAUUCCAUUUGAUGAGUUUGAAAAAGUUAUGGGACAAUGUUUCGAAGUAUUCAAUACAUGGGAUGAUGAAUAUGAGAAGUUAACUGGAUUAUUAAGAGAUCUUGUUAAAAAGAAACGUGACGAACACAUGAAAAUGGUAUGGAGAGUUUCACCGACACAUAAGAAGUUAGAAACUAGAAUGGAACAUAUGCGACACUUCCGUCUGCAGCAUGAACAACUCAGGACAGUUAUUGUUCGUGUACUUAGACCUACCGUUCAGAGUCACAGUACUGCAGCACUAGAAACACCCGAUAACGACAAUGUAAAAGUUGAGUAUGCUUUAGACGCUGCAGAUGCAGACGCUAUUAGCGAAGUAAAUUUGGCAUAUGAAAAUGUUAAAGAAAUAGAUUGUCUCGAUAUUAGCAAAGAGGGUCAAGAAUCUUGGAAAGCUGCCGUUCAUAGAUACGAGGAACGCAUUGAAAGAGUCGAAGCAAGAAUUACGGCGCAUCUCAGAGAUCAAUUGGGUACUGCAAAGAAUGCGAACGAAAUGUUUAGAAUUUUUUCACGUUUUAAUGCGCUUUUCGUGAGACCACACAUACGAGGCGCUAUUAGAGAAUACCAGACGCAAUUGAUACAAAGAGUAAAAGAUGAUAUCGAAGCUUUGCACGAAAAAUUUAAGGUACAAUAUGCACAAAGCAAAUGCUGCAAAAUGAGUACAGUCAGAGAUUUGCCACCCGUCGCCGGCUCCAUCAUCUGGGUUAAACAAAUUGAUUAUCAACUUACGAUGUACCUAAAACGGGUCGAAGAUGUGUUAGGAAAAGGGUGGGAAAGUCAUAUCGAAGGACAGAAAUUGAAAGCGGAUGGAGACAGUUUUCGUAUGAAGCUCUCGACUAAGGAAAUUUUCAAUGAUUGGGCGCGUAAAGUGCAGCAAAGAAAUCUUGGAGUUACUGGAAGGAUAUUCGCAAUAGAAAAUGUGCGAUCGCGUACGAGUCGUGGCAACGUAUUGAAAUUGAAAGUAAAUUUCCUUCCUGAAAUUAUUACAUUGUCGAAGGAAGUAAGAAAUUUGAGAAACCUUGGUUUUCGUGUACCUUUACCCAUUGUAAAUAAAGCACAUCAGGCUAAUCAGCUGUACCCGUUCGCAAUCAGCCUGAUCGAUAGCAUCAGGACUUAUGAGAGAACGCUUGAGAAGAUCGAAGAUAAAGCCAGUAUCGUACCGCUAGUUGCUGGAAUGCGCAACGACGUCUUGUCUCUUAUUUCCGAAGGAAUCGGCCUUAUUUGGGAAAGUUACAAAUUGGAUCAGUAUGUACAACGUCUUUCCGAUGCUGUAGUUUCAUUUCAAGAAAAAGUGGAAGAUCUUGUAGUGGUUGAAGAACAGCUGGAUGUUGAUGUUCGAUCUCUUGAAACAUGUCCGUAUUCGGCAAAUACGUUUGCCGAUAUACUCUCGAAAAUUCAGAAGGCAGUGGAUGAAUUGUCCCUAAAAAAUUAUUCGAAUUUGAACAUUUGGGUGUCUAGACUUGACGAGGAGGUAGAAAAGAAUUUAGCUGCCAGAUUGGAAGCUGGUAUAAAAGCAUGGACCGAUGCGCUUACCGGUCAAAAGAAGGAAGUGGAUUUAAGUAUGGACACAGAUGCACCUUCUCAACCCACUCAUAAACCCGGUGGCGAUCCAAAGAUUCAGAAUCAAAUUCACGAAGUUCGUAUAACAAAUCAGACAAUGUACUUAUAUCCGAGCAUCGAAGACGCGAGGUUCCAGAUAAUGCAACAACUAUUUGCAUGGCAAGCUAUAGUCACCUCACAAGUUCGACUUCAAAGUUCAAGAUAUCAGGUUGGAUUGGACAAACCUGAGUCAGGUACCUACAGGAAUUUACUUACAAAAUUACCCACUGGAAAACAACCUCUGGAAGCGGCUUACGAAGCAGUAGAAUCCAAAAUGAAAGAUGUUGCUGAUUAUGUGGAUCAGUGGUUACGUUAUCAGGCCCUGUGGGAUUUGCAGCCAGAUAAUUUGUAUGGAAAAUUGGGUGAAAACAUAAAUCUAUGGAUGAAAUGUCUAAACGACAUCAAAAAGACUAGAACUACAUUCGAUACGUCGGACACUAGACGGGAAUUUGGUCCUGUUGUAAUCGAUUAUGCAAAAGUGCAAAGCAAAGUGUCGUUGAAAUACGAUUCGUGGCACAAAGAAACACUUGGUAAAUUCGGAACUCUUCUUGGCAAUGAAAUGGCAAGUUUCCACUCGCAAGUAUCGAAAUCUAGAAGCGAUUUAGAGCAGCAGUCCAUUGAAGCUGCUAGUACUUCAGACGCGGUUGGACUAAUAACAUACGUCCAAUCUCUGAAACGUAAAAUGAAAGCUUGGGAGAAGCAAGUGGAUAUAUAUCGUGAGGGUCAGAGAAUAUUGGAGCGUCAACGAUUCCAAUUCCCGUCUUCGUGGCUGCAUGUAGACAACAUCGAAGGUGAAUGGGGUGCGUUUAAUGAGAUACUCAAGAGAAAGGACACAAGUAUACAAACGCAAGUAGCGUCUUUACAGAUGAAGAUUGUCGCUGAAGACAAGGCUGUUGAAAUAAGAACCACCGAUUUCCUGAGUGAUUGGGAAAGAGGCAAACCGGUUGAGGGUCAUCUGCGGCCAGACGAUGCGCUACAACAAUUGCAGUUGUUUGAAAGUAAAUUUGCUAGAUUGAAAGAAGAGAGAGACAACGUAGCAAAGGCUAAAGAAGCUUUAGAACUGCAAGAACCAGGCGGUGUUUCCACCAGUGAAGACAGAAUGCAAGUUGUGUUCGAAGAACUUCAAGACUUAAGGGGUGUUUGGUCGGAAUUGUCGAAGAUAUGGGCUCAGAUUGACGAAACCAGAGAAAAGCCUUGGCUCUCUGUACAGCCGAGGAAAUUGCGGCAACAGCUGGACACAAUGAUGGCACAAUUAAAGGAGCUGCCAGCCAGACUUAGGCAGUACUCUUCCUAUGAAUACGUUAAGAAAAUGUUGCAGAGUUACACGAAGGUUAACAUGUUAAUUGUUGAAUUAAAAUCAGACGCUCUGAAAGAGAGACACUGGAAACAGUUGACAAAACAGCUUCGAGUUAACUGGGUGUUGAGCGAACUCACUCUCGGUCAAGUGUGGGACGUGAACCUUCAGAAAAACGAAAGUAUAGUGAAAGACAUUAUCCUUGUUGCGCAGGGUGAAAUGGCGCUAGAAGAAUUUUUGAAACAAGUCCGCGAAUCCUGGCAGACCUACGAAUUGGAUUUAAUAAAUUAUCAGAGUAAAUGUAAAUUAAUUCGCGGUUGGGAUGAUCUCUUCAAUAAAGUUAAAGAACACAUCAACUCUGUAGCAGCAAUGAAACUAUCACCUUACUACAAGGUAUUUGAGGAAGAAGCACUGACUUGGGAAGAAAAAUUGAAUAGGAUCAACGCGUUGUUCGACGUGUGGAUAGACGUUCAGAGACGCUGGGUUUAUUUGGAAGGCAUUUUCUCGGGCAGCGCCGAUAUUAAAACUCUUUUGCCCGUUGAAACCUCUCGAUUUCAGAGCAUUAGCUCUGAGUUUCUUGGUUUGAUGAAGAAAGUAUCGAAAUCUCCUAUGGUCAUGGACGUCCUAAAUAUUCCCGGUGUCCAAAGAGCGCUUGAAAGAUUAGCUGAUCUGCUUGGAAAAAUUCAGAAAGCUUUGGGAGAGUAUCUCGAAAGAGAACGUACGUCGUUCCCUCGAUUUUACUUCGUGGGUGACGAAGAUUUGCUGGAAAUUAUUGGUAACAGCAAAAACAUUGCAAGAUUACAGAAGCAUUUUAAAAAGAUGUUUGCCGGUGUGGCGGCUAUUCUUUUAAAUGAGGAUAAUACUGUCAUUACGGGUAUAGCAUCUCGAGAAGGGGAAGAAGUGCUAUUUCAGACUCCAGUCUCUACCGUUGAUUACCCUAAAAUCAAUGAAUGGUUGACUCUCGUAGAAAAAGAAAUGAGAGUCACAUUGGCAUCGAGUCUGGCGAGGGCAGUGCAAGAUAUUAAACAAUUCAAAGACGGUAAUAUCAAUGCACAAGCGUUCAUGACAUGGUGCGAUAAUUAUCAAGCACAAAUUAUAGUUUUGGCCGCUCAGAUUUUAUGGUCGGAGGACGUCGAAGCGGCUCUGCACGAAGCACAAAGCGAUCCAAGUAAAAAUUCGUUGGAAAGAGUAUUGCUUCAAGUCGAGGGUACCUUAAAUGUCUUGGCGGACUCGGUUCUUCAAGAACAACCUUCGUUGAGACGGAAAAAACUCGAACAUUUGAUCAACGAAUUUGUACAUAAACGCACAGUAACGAGGAGGCUGAUCGCGAACAAAGUCUCGAAUCCAAAAGCGUUCGAAUGGCUAUGCGAGAUGAGAUUCUAUUUUGAUCCGAGGCAAACCGAAGUUUUACAACAACUUACGAUACACAUGGCAAACGCUAAGUUUUUCUAUGGAUUCGAGUAUUUGGGAGUGCAGGAUAGAUUGGUACAAACCCCCCUAACGGAUAGGUGUUACUUGACCAUGACUCAGGCUUUAGAAGCUCGCCUCGGAGGUUCUCCAUUUGGUCCAGCUGGAACAGGAAAGACUGAAUCGGUUAAAGCAUUGGGCCAUCAACUUGGAAGAUUCGUUUUGGUAUUCAAUUGCGAUGAAACGUUCGAUUUUCAGGCUAUGGGUCGUAUUUUUGUUGGUCUGUGCCAAGUCGGAGCAUGGGGUUGCUUCGAUGAAUUCAAUCGUUUAGAAGAGCGUAUGCUUUCGGCUGUUUCUCAACAAGUACAAACUAUCCAGGAAGCUUUGAAGAGUCAGAUGGAAGGGAAAAAAGAAGGAGGAACCCUCUGCGUGGAACUGGUCGGCAAACAAGUGAAAGUAUCUACGGACAUGGCGAUCUUCAUCACAAUGAAUCCUGGCUAUGCUGGACGAUCAAAUCUUCCCGACAACUUGAAGAAAUUGUUCAGAUCUUUGGCCAUGACUACGCCCGACAGACAGCUAAUAGCCGAAGUGAUGCUUUUCAGCCAAGGAUUUAGAUCGGCUGAGAAGCUGGCGUGCAAGAUCGUGCCGUUCUUCAAGCUGUGCGACGAACAACUUUCAGACCAAUCUCAUUAUGAUUUCGGUCUUCGAGCGCUCAAAUCCGUACUGAUUUCCGCCGGUAACGUUAAACGCGAUCGCAUACAAAAGAUCAAAGAAGGCAUGCAGAAUCGCGGCGAAACUAAUAUCGACGAGGCCUCGAUCGCUGAAAAUUUGCCGGAGCAAGAAAUUCUCAUUCAAUCUGUUUGUGAAACGAUGGUACCGAAGUUAGUUGCCGAAGAUAUUCCGUUGCUUUUCAGUUUAUUGAACGAUGUAUUCCCGAAUGUAAAUUACACACGAGCUGAAAUGAAAGGAUUGAAAGAUCAAAUCAGAAAGGUGUGCAUGGAGGAGUAUCUUGUAUGCGGUGAAGGCGACGAACAAGGAGGUGUAUGGCAAGAAAAGGAUGUAGUUCGUGGGACAUGGCUAGGAAAGGUACUCCAACUUUAUCAAAUCUGCAAUCUGAAUCAUGGUCUCAUGAUGGUCGGACCAAGUGGUUCUGGAAAAACGAUGGCUUGGAAGGUACUCUUGAAAGCUUUGGAAAGAUUCGAAGGAAUAGAAGGCGUUGCACACGUGAUAGAUCCGAAAGCGAUUAGCAAAGAAACAUUGUACGGCGUGUUAGACCCGAAUACACGUGAAUGGACAGACGGCCUGUUUACGCACAUUCUCAGAAAGAUCAUUGAUAACGUCAGAGGAGAAAUAAACAAACGACAGUGGAUCAUAUUCGACGGCGAUGUUGAUCCGGAAUGGGUUGAAAAUCUCAAUUCCGUGUUGGACGACAAUAAAUUGCUUACGCUGCCGAAUGGCGAACGUCUCAGUCUGCCACCAAACGUGAGAGUUAUGUUCGAGGUUCAAGAUCUGAAAUAUGCCACAUUGGCCACUGUCUCUCGUUGCGGUAUGGUUUGGUUCUCCGAAGAUGUACUUUCCACAGAAAUGAUAUUUGAGAAUUACAUGCUACGCGUAAGAAACAUUCCGCUUGAGGACGGAGAAGAGGAUAAUCUCAGCAAAAAGGCAACAGAGAAAGAUGACACUGUAUCCCCUGCGUUGACCGUGCAAAGGGAAGUUGCCAGUAUCUUGCAGAGUUACUUUGCUCCGGAUGGAUUGGUAGUGAGAUGCUUAGAGUACGCCAUGAAACAAGAACACAUAAUGGAUUUCACGCGUUUGCGAGCGUUAAGCUCAUUAUUUUCCAUGUUGAAUCAGUCAGUGCGCAAUGUUCUGCAAUAUAAUCAUUCGCAUACAGAUUUUCCUUUGCCUAGCGAACAACUAGAACGUUACAUGCCAAAGUGCUUGGUAUACGCUUUACUGUGGAGCUUCGCGGGCGAUGCCAAACUAAAAGUUAGGUCUGACUUGGGAGACUUCGUUAGGUCUAUCACGACUAUACCCCUGCCAACGCAAAGUAACAUUCCUAUCAUAGACUUCGAAGUAAGCAUCCACGGUGAAUGGUUGCCAUGGAGCAACAAGGUUCCGCAGAUCGAAGUGGAAACACACAAGGUCGCUAGUCCGGAUAUUGUUGUACCGACAUUGGAUACCGUAAGGCACGAAAGUCUACUUUAUACGUGGUUGGCAGAGCACAAACCAAUCGUGCUUUGUGGACCACCUGGUUCUGGUAAAACUAUGACUCUUUUCUCUGCCUUGCGAGCCUUGCCCGAUAUGGAAGUUGUUGGUCUGAACUUUUCAUCGGCUACCACUCCCGAACUUUUACUAAAGACAUUUGAUCAUUACUGCGAGUAUCGUAAAACUCCCAAUGGCGUUGUACUUUCUCCUGUACAACUGGGCAAGUGGCUGGUUCUGUUUUGCGAUGAAAUCAAUUUACCAGAUAUGGACAAUUACGGGACGCAACGCGUAAUCUCGUUUCUCAGACAAUUGGUAGAGCACAGAGGCUUCUAUCGAACUAGCGAUCAGGCUUGGGUUACUUUAGAAAGAAUUCAGUUCGUUGGCGCUUGCAAUCCUCCGACAGAUCCAGGUAGAAAGCCUCUUAGUCAUAGAUUCUUACGACACGUUCCAGUUAUUUACGUCGACUAUCCAGGAGAGACCUCCUUGAAACAAAUUUAUGGUACAUUUACUCGUGCCAUGCUUAGGUUAACACCUUCGCUGAGGGGCUACGCAGAACCCUUAACGAAUGCAAUGGUAGAGUUCUAUCUCUCUUCGCAAGAAAGAUUUACUCAAGAUAUGCAACCGCAUUACGUUUACUCUCCGCGUGAGAUGACUAGAUGGGUGCGCGGUAUCUGCGAAGCCAUUAGACCUCUCGAUAAUCUGUCGGUUGAAGGUCUUGUACGUUUGUGGGCACACGAAGCUCUUCGUCUUUUCCAAGACAGACUUGUAGAAGAUUCCGAGAGAGCCUGGACCAACAAGAAUAUAGAUACUGUAGCUAUGAAACACUUUAUGGGUGUCGAUAAGGAGAGAGCGUUAGCCAGGCCCAUUUUAUAUAGCAAUUGGCUAUCAAAGGACUACGUGCCAGUUAAUAGACAGGAGUUACGAGACUACGUUCGGGCAAGAUUGAAAGUGUUCUACGAAGAAGAAUUGGACGUACCUUUGGUACUGUUCGAUGAAGUUCUAGAACACGUUCUGCGGAUCGACAGAAUCUUCCGACAGCCUCAGGGACAUUUGUUGCUCAUUGGUGUCUCUGGCGCUGGUAAGACGACUCUGUCUAGGUUCGUAGCGUGGAUGAAUGGUUUAUCUAUAUUCCAAAUAAAGGUACACAAUAAGUACACUGGAGAAGACUUCGAUGAAGAUCUGCGUCAAGUACUGAGACGUUCCGGUUGUAAGGACGAGAAAAUAGCAUUCAUUCUUGAUGAAUCGAACGUGUUGGAUUCUGGAUUCCUCGAGCGAAUGAAUACGUUACUUGCGAACGGAGAGGUGCCAGGUCUGUUCGAAGGUGACGAAUACACAACGCUUAUGACGCAGUGCAAGGAAGGAGCACAGCGCGAGGGACUUAUGUUGGACUCUAACGAAGAGUUAUACAAAUGGUUUACCGGUCAAGUUAUGCGAAACCUACACGUGGUGUUCACCAUGAAUCCAAGUACAGACGGUCUUAAAGAUCGAGCCGCAACGUCACCCGCUUUGUUCAACAGAUGCGUGUUGAAUUGGUUCGGCGAUUGGUCCGAUGAUGCGCUCUUCCAAGUAGGCAAAGAAUUUACCAGCCGCGUGGAUUUGGAAAGACCUGCCUGGAAGUGCCCAGAUUUCUUCCCAUCCGUGUGCUCUUUAAUUCCGUCGCAACCCACGCACAGAGACGCUGUCAUUAAUGCGUGCGUUUACGUGCACCAAACGUUGCACAAAGCCAAUGCAAGACUUGCGAAACGAGGCAGUAGAACCAUGGCGAUUACACCUCGUCAUUACUUGGACUUCAUCAAUCAUUUCGUGAAACUGUAUCAGGAGAAGAGAAGUGACCUGGAGGAACAACAGUUGCAUUUGAAUGUUGGGUUAAGUAAAAUCGCGGAAACGGUGGAACAGGUGGAAGAAAUGCAGAAGAGUUUGGCUAUUAAAUCUCAGGAACUGCACGCGAAGAACGAAGCUGCCAACGCGAAAUUGCGGCAAAUGGUCAAGGAUCAGCAAGAGGCGGAAAAGAAGAAAGUACAGAGCCAGGAAAUUCAACAACAGUUGGCUAUACAAACAGUGGCUAUUAAUCAAAAGAGAGAUGAUGUUGUGGCAGAUCUAGCACAAGUCGAACCAGCUGUCGUCGACGCUCAAAAUGCGGUGAAAUCGAUAAAGAAACAACAUUUAGUCGAAGUUCGGUCUAUGGCGAAUCCGCCGGCGAUCGUGAAGGUCGCGUUGGAGUCUAUCUGCUUAUUGCUCGGUGAAAAUGCCAGUGACUGGAAAUCUAUCCGCGCUGUCAUCAUGAGGGACAAUUUUAUCAAUACUAUUGUCUCUAAUUUCAGUACCGAGGAUAUUACGGACGAAGUGAGAGAAAAGAUGAAGAGUCGUUACUUGAGCAAUCCAGAUUAUAACUUUGAAAAAGUUAAUCGAGCCAGCUUGGCUUGUGGGCCUCUUGUCAAAUGGGCUACCGCACAAAUCGAAUACGCGGAUAUGUUGAAACGCGUAGAGCCUCUAAGGGAUGAGCUUCAUUCUUUGGAACGACAGGCUGAAACGAACAUGCAGAAGGGCGAAGAAGUGAAGAAUUUAAUUGCACAACUAGAACAGAGUAUAGCCUCGUACAAAGAGGAAUAUGCUCAGUUAAUUUCUCAAGCGCAAGCUAUCAAAGCUGACUUGGAGAGUGUACAGGCCAAAGUGGAUCGUUCUAUUGCUUUACUGAAAUCCUUGGUGAUCGAAAGGGAACGGUGGGAAGCGACUAGUGAAACAUUCAAGAGCCAGAUGUCUACUAUUAUCGGAGACGUUCUCUUGUCGUCCGCUUUCCUGGCUUACGCAGGAUAUUUCGAUCAACAUUACCGACAAAAUCUGUUCAGUACCUGGUGUCAACAUCUACAAUUGGCGAAUUUGCAAUUCCGACCAGACAUUGCGAGAACUGAAUAUUUGUCGAAUCCCGAUGAGCGGUUGAGAUGGCAAGCCAAUGCUCUACCCACGGAUGAUCUUUGCACGGAAAAUGCUAUUAUGUUGAAGCGAUUCAAUAGGUAUCCGUUGAUAAUAGAUCCAUCCGGACAAGCGACCGAGUUUAUAAUGAACGAAUUCAAGGAUCGUAAAAUUACAAAAACGAGCUUCUUGGACGACUCGUUUAGGAAGAAUCUCGAGAGCGCAUUGCGCUUUGGUAAUCCCUUGUUGGUACAAGACGUCGAGAACUACGAUCCUAUAUUAAAUCCGGUUCUGAACAGAGAAUUAAGAAGAACGGGUGGACGCGUAUUAAUUACACUUGGAGAUCAGGACAUUGAUCUGUCGCCGUCUUUCGUCAUCUUUUUGUCCACGAGGGAUCCAACGGUUGAAUUCCCGCCUGAUAUUUGCUCUCGUGUCACCUUUGUCAACUUCACCGUUACCAGAAGCUCCUUGCAGAGUCAGUGUUUGAACCAGGUGCUGAAAGCCGAACGACCAGACAUCGACGAGAAAAGAUCCGAUCUCUUGAAGUUACAGGGCGAAUUCCAUUUGCGACUGAGACAGCUCGAGAAAUCUUUACUGCAAGCACUGAAUGAUGCCAAAGGAAAGAUUCUCGACGAUGAUUCUGUGAUAACUACCCUCGAAACAUUGAAGCAAGAGGCAGCCGACAUUAGCAAGAAGGUCGAAGAGACGGAUAAAGUGAUAGCAGAAAUAGAAACGGUCUCUCAACAAUACAUGCCCUUGUCUCAAGCCUGUUCAAAUAUGUACUUUACAAUGGACAGCCUGAACCAAGUGCACUUCUUGUAUCAAUAUUCUCUAAAAAUGUUUUUGGACGUUUUCACGUCCGUUUUAUCUCAAAAUCCAAGACUGCACAAUAUAUCGGAUUACACGCAGCGACUGUCUGUAAUCACCAGCGAUUUGUUCUCUGCUUGUUACGAACGAGUUGCUCGUGGAAUGUUGCACACGGAUAGAUUAACUUUCGCGUUGCUGCUGUGUAAAAUACACUUGAAGGGAAUCGCCACGGAGUCCACGUACGACAGUGAAUUUACAUUCUUCUUGCGUGGCAAGGAAGGUGUUCUGAAUAUUAGAGGACCUCUUGCUCCCAACGUCAGUUCCGAACAACAAGAGGCUAUGUUGCGCUUGAGUCUUAGGCUGCCGGCUUUCAAGAAAUUGUCCGAAAAGGUUCAAGAAAACGCAGAGUUCAACUCGUGGCUGCAAUCGCCAACUCCGGAAACUUGUGUGCCAAAGCUUUGGGACGAAGAAAAACCGUUGACACCGACGGGUACGGCCAUGCACCAGUUGUUGGUAAUCCAAGCGUUUCGACCGGAUCGCGUGAUAGCCGCUGCGACUUUGGUUGUUACUUGCGCCUUAGGUGAAUCCUUUAUGGCUGCUGCAGAAGCAGAACUCGACUUUACAUCUGUAGUCGAGAACGAGCUGAAAGCUGCCGUGCCCGCCUUGCUUUGUUCUGUGCCUGGUUUUGAUGCCUCUGGCAGGGUCGACGAUCUGGCUGCUGAAUUGGGUAAACAAAUAGUCAGUAUUGCGAUAGGAUCCUCGGAAGGAUUCAAUCAAGCCGAUAGGGCAAUAAACAUGGCUGUUAAAGCAGGCAGAUGGGUAAUGUUGAAAAACGUUCAUUUGGCACCGCAAUGGUUGGUACAACUCGAAAAGAAAUUACAUAGCCUGCAACCGCACACUAACUUCAGACUUUUCUUGACUAUGGAAAUCAAUCCAAAGGUACCCGUGAAUCUCCUAAGAGCUGGUAGAAUAUUUGUCUUCGAGCCACCACCUGGUAUCAGAGCAAACCUAUUGCGAACAUUUAGCACUGUACCUGCGUCAAGAAUGAUGAAGGCACCCAAUGAAAGAGCCCGCUUGUACUUCCUGCUUGCAUGGUUCCAUGCGAUCGUUCAGGAACGUCUUCGUUACGCGCCAUUGGGAUGGGCCAAGCAUUACGAGUUCAAUGAAAGCGACCUGAGAGUAGCCUGUGACACUCUUGACACGUGGAUAGAGACGACCGCUAUGGGUAGAACUAAUCUGCCUCCGGAGAAGGUACCUUGGGAUGCAUUGGUGACGUUGCUUUCUCAAUGCAUAUACGGUGGUAAAAUAGACAACGACUUCGAUCAACGUUUACUGGCAUCCUUCCUUCGAAAACUGUUUACUCCAAGGUCUUUCGAAACCGAUUUUGCGCUGGUUGCCAAUGUCGAUGGCUUACAAGGAGUUCAGAGACACAUUACCAUGCCCGAUGGUACAAGACGCGAUCAUUUCCUCAAAUGGAUCGAGUCUCUCUCCGAUAGACAAACACCGUCUUGGCUUGGAUUGCCGAACAACGCGGAAAAAGUACUACUCACAACCAGAGGAACGGAUUUGGUGUCGAAAUUAUUGAAGAUGCAGCAACUGGAGGACGAAGACGAAUUGGCGUACUCUAACGAGGAAUCAUUGGAUACGCCUAGAGAGGCUGAAGCCGACGGUCGACCAUCCUGGAUGAGAACGUUGCACAAUUCAGCGUCGACGUGGUUACAGUUACUUCCAAAGAACUUGCUGACUCUGAAGAGAACCGUGGAAAAUAUCAAGGACCCGCUUUACAGAUACUUUGAGAGAGAAGUUAAUAGUGGUGCCAAAUUGCUUCAAGAUGUGAUUCACGAUUUGGAAGAUGUAGUUUUAAUUUGUCAGGGCAAGAAAAAGCAAACCAAUUAUCAUAGAACAAUGCUGUCAGAAUUGGUGAAAGGCAUUUUACCUGGCGGAUGGAGACGAUACACUGUACCAAGAGGAUGUACCGUUAUACAGUGGAUUACUGACUUCAGUCACAGGGUGUCACAGUUACAAGAAGUUUCACGGCUGGUAUCUCAAGGAGGGGCUAAAGAAAUCAAGAGUUUCCCCGUUUGGCUUGGUGGAUUGUUGAAUCCAGAGGCGUACAUAACGGCAACGAGACAGUGCAUAGCACAGGCGAACAGUUGGUCCCUCGAGGAGCUUCAAUUAGACGUGACUAUAGGGGACGGUGACAAUAUUGCGACUGACGACUGUUCGUUCGCUGUGACCGGUUUGAAGCUGCAAGGAGCACAGUGCAAAGAUAAUCAGUUGUACCUGACUUCAACUAUUAUGAUCGACUUACCCGUUACUAUGUUGAGGUGGAUAAGAUCCUCCACCGAUGAAGUCCGAAAAGGAAAACUGUCUUUGCCGGUUUAUCUGAACAGCACGCGCACUGAAUUACUCUUUACUGUCGAUUUAAAUAUUGCUCCUAGUCAAGAUCCUCACAGUUUUUACGAGAGAGGAGUCGCUGUUCUUACAUCUACCGCUUUGAAUUAA